AGCUUUUUAUGCAUUCAAGUAAAGUAUUUUUAAAAACAUCUGCUACCUGCAUACCUGCAUCAGAUGCUUGGAGAGAAAACUCAGUUCAGAACCUUGACUAAGGAGGUGCAAGGUGAAUGGUUAAUUCAGAGUAUGUACUCUUUUCAAUCCACCCAUCUCUAGCCUGUUGGUUCUUUUGUGAAAGAGGCAAAGCAGACCUCUCUUUCUAAGUUGCCUGGUGUCUAACAUCAUGGUUGCCUCGGAGUCACAUGAUUGUACAAAAGUAUAUACUACCAGGGUCUGCUGGUUUAAUUAUUAGUCUCAUUCUCCAACUUGCUCUAGGCAGCCUUGACACCAGCCCUCGCCAUCUCAGUGGUCUUUGUGUCUGAACUUCUUUUAUUUAUUUUUUUGGGCUGCAUUGGGUCUUUGUUGCUGCACGUGGGCUUUCUCUAGUUGUGGCGAGUGGGGGCUACUCUUAUUGCAGUGCGCAGGCUUCUCAUUGCAGUGGCUUCCCUUGUUACGGAGCACGGGCUCUAGGUGCUCGGGCUUCAGUAGAUGUGGCACGUGGGCUCAGUAGUUGUGGCUCGCAGGCUCUAGAGCGCAGGCUCGGUAGUUGUGGUGCACGGGCUUAGCUGCUCCACGGCAUGUGGGAUCUUCCUGGACCAGGGCUCGAACCCGUGUCCCCUGCAUUGGCAGGCGGAUUCUUAAUCACUGCUCCACCAGGGAAGCCCUGUGUCUGAACUUCUUGAGUCUUUGACUCCCAUCUUCCUCUGAUGGGAGUACAAGCGAUGACAUUUUGUUUUUCUCCCUACUUGGGGUUUCAAAUGGGAAGAUCUUGGGUACUUCCCCCGCACUUGCAAAAGGAUACAACAGAAGAGGUUCGGAAGCUUGUUUUCCAGACUCUGAUACUGUCUGCCAGAGAAAAUCAGCUCUCCCUGGAAGAACAAGCAUUACUUCAGGAGAGGAUGGAGGCUGACCUGUCUGGCUUUAAUAUCGAUGCCCCCCGUUGGGACCAGUGCACUUUCCUAGGGCGGGUGAAGCAUUUCUUCAAUGUCACAGACCCCCGCACCGUCCUGGUACCAGAGUGGGAGCUGGACUGGGCCAAAGUGAUGGUGGAGAAGAGCAGGAUGGGGACUGUGCCCCCAGGCACGCGAGUGGAGCAGCUGCUCUACGCCAAGAAGCUGUACGACUCGGCCUUCCACCCUGACACCGGGGACAAGAUGAACGUCAUUGGGCGGAUGUCCUUCCAGGUCCCCGGGGGCAUGAUCAUCACGGGCUUCAUGCUCCAGUUCUACAGGACGAUACCGGCAGUGAUCUUCUGGCAGUGGGUGAACCAGUCCUUCAAUGCCUUAGUCAACUACACCAACAGGAAUGCAGCUUCCCCCACGUCGGUCAGGCAGAUGGCCGUUUCCUACGUCACUGCCACAACCGCUGCGGUGGCCACUGCUGUGGGCAUGAACACGUUGACAAAGAGAGCCCCGCCCCUGGUGGGCCGCUGGGUGCCCUUUGCCGCUGUGGCUGCGGCUAACUGUGUCAACAUCCCAAUGAUGCGACAGCAGGAACUCAUCCAGGGCAUCUGCGUGAAGGACAGGAACCACAAUGAGAUUGGUCAUUCCCGGAGAGCUGCGGCCAUAGGCAUCACCCAAGUGGUUAUUUCUCGGAUCACCAUGGCAGCCCCUGGCAUGAUCCUGCUGCCGGUCGUCAUGGAAAGGCUGGAGAAACUGCGCUGCAUGAAGAGAAUCCGGGUGCUGCAUGCCCCAUUGCAGGUUCUGCUGUCUGGGUGUUUCCUCAUCUUCAUGGUGCCAGUGGCAUGUGGGCUGUUCCCGCAGAAAUGUGAAUUGCCAGUUUCCUAUCUGGAACCAGAGCUCCAAGACACUAUCAAGGCCAAGUAUGGAGAACCUGUGCCUUAUGUCUACUUCAAUAAGGGUCUCUAAAUGCCCCACCCCAGCAAGGACCAGUCCAUACCCAUAUUUACCAGCUCCUCCUUAGCCACUGUGGAUUCCCGUGCCUCAUUCCUCUUUGCCAACAGGGCCUGUAGGCCAGGGUGGAUUUGGGGGGACGAGGGUGGGGGUGGGAGGAUGCCUCAUGCUUCUACCCAGGCACCUGGGUUUAUUGGACUCCAGGGGAUAAACGUGAAUAAGGGGAGAGAGGCCAAGUCUUCUAUCUGCUCUCCCUUAACCCCUGUCCCCUGGAGACCAGGAGCUGAGACCCCCUCAGGGAGAAGGUGCUGAGCCCUGGGGGUGACACUCAAGCAAACCGUUUGCAAAAGUUAGGAAACCUUUAGGAUUCUGGUUCCAGCCAGGAUUGAGGAAGGGCCCCUCUUCUCUUCCUCCUCAUCGGCUCUCAGGCAAGGGAACCUUUCACCUGUGUAGUUCUGGCUCCUUUGGGAAGCGGGAGGGAAGAGGCCGGGUCACCUUGGGGCUCCUCUUUGCUCUUCCCCACUCUCCUCCCCAGGGCCCCCUGGUCAGAAAGGUUCUCUGGGAGUCUUGCUAAACUUGGGUUUAUCAGGCACCCAGGAGUUUUAGUGCAAAAAAAAAAAAAAGGACAUUGUGUGAGGCAGCAGAGUUUUAUGGUGCUUCAAGCCCUACCUGUUGACACUGGCUUUGUUCUCCUGCCCCUAAAAUCAUAUCCGAUUCUAUUUCUCUGGGUCUAAAAGAUAAAUCCACUGACCGAGUAAAAAGGAUGUAGGUAGGCACUAACUGCACAUGUUAGUGGGUAUAAUUUCCUGGCUACCUCCCUUCCUCAGCCCGUUGGGUUAAACACCAAAGAAAGACUGGUGUGUACUGAAUAGGAAAGGGAAGUUUUAUUUGGAUGCCUCUGAGAGGAAAUCAACCAGGACCAAAGAGCCUUAAAGGACACACAGCAAAGCACAGCCGCUCGCCCUUCCCAGCCUGGCUGCUCUAGGUGAUUUCUCAGGCCCUUGGGGGAGAGGGGGCUGUUGUGGCUGACCUGGGCCCAUGUCUGUAUGAGUUUUGUGUAGUAGAAUUUACUGAUCGAUCAAAGGAUAUCACUGUGAAUCGAAUGCAUUUCAUGAAAGAACACAGCGAACUGUCUGCACACUGAGUUAAUAAAGCCUGGAUG